CGGCGAUUGGAGCAAGCAGUCGCCCGUCAGCGCUGUCCGGGCGAUGGGGAAGGACGCCUCCCGCGGGCGGCGGGGCCGGAAGAGGGUCUAGCGCGGGGCCGCGGGUCACGCUGGCCUUCUCGGCGGGAGGAGGAGGAUGGGGAACAGCAGGAGCCGGCCGGGGCCGCCCGUGGGCCCGCAGCUGCCCCCCGAGCAGCAGGCCGAGGUCAGCAGGCUGUUCGACCUCCUCGCGGCCCCACGGAGCUCGGAUGCCGCCGGCCGGACCUUCUCCCUGAAGGCCCUUGAGGGCCACGUUGGGGAGGCGCUGCCCCCCGAGAUGGUCAGGCGGCUGUACGACGGCAUGCGGAGGGCCGAGCCGGGCCCCCCCGACGGCGUCUCCCGGGAGCAGCUCCUGGCCUUCCUGGCCCGCCUGCUGAGGGGCAGCGCCGAGGAGCGGGCCUGCGUCCUGCUGGGGAUGCUCUCCGACAGCCCCGGCCCCGUCAGCGCCGCCGAGGCCCAGAAGUUUGCAGAGGAGCUGGUGGGCGCCGUGGCCCGGGUGCUCGGGCACCAGCAGGAGCUGCGGGGCUGGACACAGGCGGAGGGCCCAGACUCCACGCCCAGGGCCCCGGCGCUGGCGCGGCAGCUGCUGUCGGAGCUGGAACUCCAAGACGGCCGCUGUGACCGGGCAGCGCUGGAGGCCUGGCUGUGCCGCGCGCCGCUCGUGGGCACCUUCCUGAGCCUGCUGGCCCACGGGGGCCUCCUGGGGCGGCGCUGGGCGCCCGGGCCGGGCCCGCUGCUGCCGGAACGGCAGGUGGAGCCGGGCCCGGGCUUCUGCAGCCUGCUGGACGCGCUGUCCGUCGCGUACCUCAGCGCCCACCUGCCCCCCGAGUGGCGGCACCGCUGGCGCCUGCUCUUCGCCUCCGAGCGCCACGGGCGCAGCUUCGCGCAGCUGUGCGGGCGCGUCGCCCACCGCGGGCCCUGCCUGCUGCUGCUGCGCGACCUGCAGGGGCACGUCUUCGGGGGCUUCGCCUCCCGCUCCUGGGAGGUCAAGCCGCAGUUCCAAGGGGACAGCAGCUGCUUCCUGUUCUCCCUCUUGCCCACCAUGGCCGUGUACCCCUGCACCGGCUACAACGACCACUACAUGUACCUGAACCACGGGCAGCAGACCAUCCCCAACGGGCUGGGCAUGGGGGGCCAGCACCACUACUUCGGGCUGUGGAUCGACGUGGACUUCGGGAAGGGCCACAGCAAGGCCAAGCCCACCUGCACCACCUACAGCAGCCCGCAGCUGUCGGCCCAGGAGGACUUCCGGUUCGAGCAGAUGGAGGUGUGGGCGGUGGGCGACAGCCCCAGCACGCAGGCGCCGAGCAGGGGCGGCCAGAGCAUCCUGGACAAGGACCCCGAGGCCCAGGCCCUGCUGGAGGUCAGCGGCCGGAGCUUCCACAGCCGGGGGGUGCGGGAGGCCCCCGAAGACGCGUGAGGGGAGCCCUGGGCCGGAGUGCGGCCUGCAGCCCCCACGCCCCCCCCUCACCUCGGACAGCCCUGGGGGGCUGCUCGCCCUGUGGACCCAGAAACUCGAGUCUCAAACCAG